AAAAAACGAGGCCCUUAAACUUAACAAAAUUGGAAAAGGUCCGGAGAAUUUAACGGUAUUACCGAAUCCCAAAACGGUGCGUAUUAAGGUAGUGAUAAAACCCCAAAUCUGAAGAGACGGAACUAAAACCCUAAAGCGCUCUCGAAAGUCAGAUCUCUGUGCCAGUCUGCUGCUUCAAGUUCAAGAGUAGAGUUGGGAGCCUAUGGCUUUCAGUAUGAAAGAAGCUUCAGCAGGACAACAAGUACAACCUGCCCCAAGAUUGCAGAUUUACUCCACCUCAGACACAGUCUCUCCCUUCUGGAGAGACAAGUAUGAAAGAGAGGCUAAGAAGUACUGGGAUGUCUUUUAUAAGCGACAUCAAGAUAGGUUUUUUAAAGAUCGGCACUACUUGGAUAAGGAAUGGGGCCAAUACUUCUCUGGAGCUGGGCAGAAAGUCAUUCUAGAGGUCGGCUGUGGAGCUGGAAACACCAUCUUUCCACUGGUUGCGACAUAUAAUGACAUUUUUGUCCAUGCUUGUGAUUUUUCACCAAAUGCUGUUAACUUGGUUAAGAAACAUAAAGACUUCACAGAGUGUCGAGUUAAUGCAUUCGUUUGUGAUUUGACCAUUGACGAUCUGACUAAACAGAUAUCUCCAUUUUCAGUAGAUAUUGUAACCAUGAUCUUUGUGUUAUCUGCAGUAUCUCCUGAGAAGAUGUCUCUGGUAGUGCAGAAUAUAAGAAAAAUUCUCAAGCCAGGUGGUCGUGUUCUGUUUCGCGAUUAUGCUACUGGUGACCUUGCUCAGGAAAGAUUGAACUGCAAGGACCAAAAGAUUAGUGAAAACUUUUAUGCCAGAGGGGAUGGCACUAGGGCUUUCUACUUCUCUAAUGAGUUCUUGACAAGCUUAUUUAAAGAAAAUGGUUUUGAUGUUGAGGAACUUAAUUUGUGCUGCAAACAAGUUGAGAACCGGUCGCGGGAGUUGGUGAUGAAUAGGCGGUGGGUUCAAGCUGUAUUCUGCCUUUUAGAUAACUCCAAUACCAACCCAGAAGCUCCAUUCAGGAUAGACUAUCCUGGUCAAGAGAAAAUGGAGCUGGAGCUGGAUGUUGACGAUAGCAUCUUGAGUAGUACUGUCAAUGAUUUGGACGUUGACAUGUCCGAUGGUGUGGCAGCAGACAUGUUUGGUCUUCCAACUAACACUGAUAGUGAUAAUGAACUAAUUGAGCUCAAGCUGGGAGGUUGGACUCUCAAAAUCAAAGUCCUAUCUAAAGAGAACCAACACACCUGCAAAUCGACUGGUUUAAUGUUAUGGGAAUCUGCUCGGUUUAUGGCUCCUAUUUUAGAAAGAAAUCCAACUAUUGUUGCUGGGAAACGGGUGUUGGAGUUGGGUUCUGGUUGCGCAGGCAUUUGCUCUAUGAUUGCUGCCAGACCUGCGGAAUUUGUGUUUGCCACUGAUGGAGACACAAAAGCACUUGACCUUCUCACGGAAAAUGUCAUGUCCAAUCUUAGACCUCCAAUUUCAGACAAGUUUACCACAAGAAUAUUAGAAUGGGGAAAUAAAGACCAUAUAGAAGCCAUCAAGCGAAUUAACAGCGGAGGAUUUGAUAUCAUAUUAGGUACAGAUGUCACUUACAUACCUGAUGCUAUUUUGCCUUUGUUUCAAACUGCAAAGGAGUUGAUUUCAUCUACUAACAAGGAUCAUCAAGCAGCCCUGAUCCUUUGUCAUAUUUUUCGACGGGUAGAUGAACCUUCCAUACUUUCAGCAGCUUCUCAAUUUGGUUUUAAGCUAGUCGAUAAGUGGCCUGCAGAAAUUUCUAUUAAUGCAUCACAGAGCAUCAUCAAUUCUUGGUUCCCUGAAAAUGGCUCAGAAGAUGUAUCAAGGGGGCCGUUACAUAUUUUGUACUUCCACAAGGAGUAAGUCGAUCUGGGAUCCAUUUUAUUUCAUUCUUUCUUCUGUUAAGACAGAAGUACAUCAAGAAAAAAGGUUCACUAUCGCCCAUAUAAUGUCUGUAGUCCUUGUUGUACCAUCAACUUAUAGUCAUUUUAAUUUGCUUGAUUGUAAAGAUUCGAAAUUGGAUCUUCCCCCGAAUUUAUCAAGUUCGGUGAGUAAUUUAAUCUUGUUGUACUAUCAACGUACUAUCAGCAUGUAUCUACUUGAAG